AUGCCAGUAUCCACUUAUUUUUCAGCUGCUCGGCAUAAUGCUCAAACUAGCCACAGUUCGCCAUAUUCAGUACUAAACCACGAUAGCCGUGAUACAAUAGAUAUGGCUGACACAAGCUGCGACAAUAAAUUCCAACAAGCUAAAAUAUAUCAAUGUCGUGGACCACCAUAUGAGAAGCCGUCAUCUCUAGCAAACGUGGAGGCUUUGUUAUACCAAGCUACGCUAUUGUCUGACAAACAGUCAGAUCCAGUCACUCAAGGUGAUAAUCUAUGUAAUGACAAUGUAAUAGUGGCUAUAUUAACCAUAGAUGAUACUAUAUCUCGACAGCUGUUGAAUGAAUGGGCAAGCCAGACUCAUGAAGUAAGCGGUUCAGACCAGGACUAUAUAGAUGAUGGUUACAAUGACGAGUUUGAAGACACAGAUAUGGGUGGAGAUGACUUGUCUCAGCGAGUACUACGAUGCAUUCAAGCAUCAUCUGAUGGAUUCGGUACAACUGCAGAAUCACUGGGAUGGAUGGAUAAUCCAAAAAAAGAUCGAAUAGGAAAUGGAUUGUCCAUGACAGGCUCGGCUGUUAAUACAAAAGAGUAUGUUUGUAAUAUAGUCAAGGAGGCAGUCCAGCACAAGACUCCUAAGAGUUCCAGUAGCAGAAACCACCAGGAGUUUACUGCUUUUCGAAAUCCACAAUUGAGUAUUACUGCUCGACAAGAUUUAGUCAAGGAAAGAAAGCGGCUGAUGGAUAUGAAGCGACACGAUGAGAUUCAGCAAAAACUUGCAUUGAAGCAACAACAACUACAGCAUGCUCUGGAACUGCAGCAUCAAGCUGCACGGUUAGUCAUAUACUUGUUUCGAUUCUUGAUGCUGGUAAAGUUGAUCGAGCUCAUUCAAUAUGCUGGUAUUUUUAAUAGGAAAGCAAUAGUCGACAAAGAGGUUGUGAGCAGAAUGCAAAGGGAGCAUCAGAUUCAUCGUAAUCUGGACCAUGCAAUUACCGAGAUGGAUCAUAUCCACCAAGCUCAAAUCACUUUGAUGGAUGAAUCAAUCAAUCAUGAUGCGGAGUUGGCUAUCAAGGAAGCUAAAAAGAAAAUUAUUGCCGAAAAGCAUUGUGAUGCAAUCGUCUCCAAGCGGAUUGACACCAUGAUUGCUAAACGAAACAUGAGGCUUAUGCGAACAUUGUCAAAAAAGAGGAUACUGAGCGAGUGGAAACGCAUGCGAGAAACCAUCACCGAGUAUAUAGUAGUGAUCAACACCAAGCAAGCCUGGAGAAUACAAGUAACAUCCUUUUCACGCUGGAUCAAUACGUACAAAUCCCAAUGUGCCAAACGGCACCAGCGCGCACUCAGAGAAUCACUGGCACAUCAGCAACAGCUUGUAUGCAAAGCAGUUAGAUUUGAUCGAAGUCGGUGCUUAUCAAAAGCAUUUUUGGCAUUCAAGUUGGGAACAGAGCUAUAUCGUGAGGAUCGACGGAUGCAGGAAAUACAUAUUCAAAGAGCUGUGCAAAUGCAGCAGUUCUUGGCACAGUUAAACAAGCGGCAUCAGCAAAAUACAAGCUCUAUCGAUAACUCUCAGCCUUCAAAUAAGAUUUGUCUUUAUCAUGAGCAUCGCCAUGAUACUGUUGCUGAUAUUACGCGAGACCGCACCAACAAAGUAGACUCUUCCGAGUUGGGAGCAGCCGCAUUGCCAAUAGUAUCAAGUCAAAACGAUGCCAUAUUAGCUUGCGGCAGAGUUAACCGUCCGCCAAAACCAAUUAAAAGAAUUCAGAUGGAUACUCGGUUUAUUCAAGCCAUGGAAAAGCGGCAGGCGGAGCGUGAUCAAAGGCGUAAUGAAGCCAGCAUCAAGCUAGCAGAGCAAAAACAAAAAAAAGAGGCAAAUGCAUAUUCAAACAACCACUCCAUCACUUUUAAACAUAGUCUGGAGAAGGCUAGAAUUGAGCAGGAAAGGCAAGAUCAGGAAGAAAAAGAGCGACACCAAAUGAUUCAAUUGAAAAAACAGGCUGAACACGAAUCACGCCAGAAACUCGAGCAGAUUGAGGCAUCGCGACAAAAGAUACAGAAGCAAUACCAGCAUGCAAAAAAGCAUCACAUCCAGUCGAUUCAGGCUUUUUAUGGACUAAAGCCAUGGCAAAAGUACAUUCAAGUUAUCCGUCAGCAGGAAAAAGAAGCCGCUAUGCAUUACAAUAGAAUGCUUCAGCAGCAGGUCAUGUGGAGGCUUGUGCAUAGGAUGGGUGAGCGUAUAGCUAAGCGAGAACAGCGUGCGGUCCAAAUGUACCACACGCAUUCAAAACGGAGUAUUUUGCAUAGAUGGAUCCAAGCCAAGAAUCAAGUUUUUAACAUGAAGGCCAAGGCAGUUCAAAGAUCACAGCAGUGUGCACAGAAAGUGAUGUUGACCCGAUGGAUAGCAGCAUGGCGUAAAGCAGUCAUCAAGCACAAUAUGGAACAAGUACGAUUAUGUCAGAUAGCUGAUGGUAUGGCUAAAAGGGUUGUACCGCGUCGAGUGCUGUAUCGCUGGCAAGAAUUUGUACAGGAGCAAAAAGAUGAGCGAUGGAGAGUGUAUCGGCGAUCACAGCUGCAGGCACGAGUACAGAGUAUUCUUCAAGAAUCAGGACGAUUGGAAAAAGCAAUCAAGACUAUAGUGAUGGAUAUAAAACCUAUUGAGAGAUGA